UGUAAAAUUACGAAUUUAUUUUGCAAAUUUGCAGCUUUUUGUAAUAACAAAUCAACAUAUAGACAAUCUUGGUGCGGCAUCCACGCACGAUUUGUCAACAUUAUGGCCACCUCAGUGCUGCUCGCCUGCGGGCUCAACGAACAGAAGCUGCCGGGCUUUGUGCACAUCAGCGAGGAGUCCAAUGUGGAUGGCAGCUUUUUGAUUAGCUGCAUAUUGGGCCAACGGCUGCGUAUCUCGAAUGCGGGCAUAUUGCUUGUCUGCCUGCAACAUCACUACAAGCACUACUUCAACGCUGGCAUGCGUCUUGGCUACAAUACCAACAUUUUUUUGGGCAAGACUUUGGAUGUGAUUGAUGUGCUGCGCGAUAUGGCCUGCCAGGGCCUGAAGUCCAAAUGGCUCUGUUGUCCGCAGGGACUUUCGCUGACGGAGCAACUGGUGGUGGAUAUACGCGCCCAGCUGGAGAAGAACUAUGCCAGUCGCAGCAGCUACACCAUUCUGAUUGACAACCUAUCAAUACUAUUCAAUUUGGGCGCCAGUAAGCUGCAAGUGCAGCAGUUCUGUCAAUCACUCGCCGACCUGGCCAAGGAGCACGAGAAUCUAACCGUCAUUACAAAGCUGAGCAACAGCGAUAUACACACGCUGACGGACAACAAUGUGGCCAAGCUGGGUGAUGUGCGCAUUCAGGUGCUGCGUAUGAAGAGCGGCGUCUUUCGUGAGGUCGAUGGCAAGCUGUUGAUUGAACGCGUGCUGGACGAGGGCAGCUAUUCGUGCGAACAGUCACGCAAGGAGGUUCUCUACAAGGUCAACGAUCGCAAUGUCAAAAUCUUUAAUCCCGGCGAGAUUGGCGUCAAAGUCUAAUUAUGUUAACAAUGUUAAUUACUUUUUUGUAUGGAACUUUACUAAAGCCAUUUUUAUAUUAAAUCUUUAGAUAACAAGCAA